AUGGGUAUCGCAGACCAGAAACGUUUCUUGAGCUGGUUGUCGCAACUGGAUGAGGCGGAGCCAGUAGUCCCGCCAGGGGAUAACCAGCCUUCCGCAAGAUUCAUCUUUGAAGGUGUCCCUAUAGAAAAGCAGACCUUGGACAAGGCCCUCACUUCUCAAAAACGGCCGCCACGAGCGCAGGACUUGCAACAAACCCGCCUUGGACUUGAAGACUUUGAGCAACCAAUUAUACCUACCCGACCUGCAACAAGAGGAACUGGUUCCGGGAUUACGAGAAUUGAGAGAAACGGAUAUGAACGUCUCCCCAGGGCGAAGACUAAGGAGGACCGGUACGAAUACAAGAGCAAGGGCUCGCGAGUGAAAAGUGAUCGGGGCGCAGCUGCACCGAAAAAGAAGUCAUCAAGGCAGAAGAGGAAACAUACCAUAAACGAAGACUUCCGUGCUUCGAAUGUGCCGCCAAACCGAUUGACGCUCCAUUCUGCCACGAAUUUGGGCAUCUUCAAUAAAGGAAGACGAUCAUCGCCAGUCAAAACUCGAGUGCUCGACCAAGGCUUCUCUGAAACUGAAUUCUUGAGCAAAAUGCCUACCCACGAACAAACAAGCCAGCUUCGUCGACAGAAAGACAACCUCUUGGACUAUUUUGACUUCGGGAAUGAGACAGGGCAGCCCUUCCAAAGCCAUAACCGAAGAGAUUCCGAAACGUCGAGGCCCGGUGCCAAAGAGAGAUCUCAGCACCAGUUGGACUUGGGUCAGAACGAUAACGAGGUAUAUCACAAUGACGAUCCCGCUUCGAAAGCAGAUACAGUCAUUGUACCAUUUAGUCAGCAUUGCUCCCGCGGCAAAGAGCGAAACACCACUGCGAGACACAUAGUAUGCUCACAAGCGGAACAAGAGACACGUGCUGCUGCGCGCGACGUUUCCCUGCAGCUUCUGGACUUCGACUUGUACUCGCCAGACGACAGCAUGAGCAUAAGCCCAGCCAAGAAGUAUUGGACACUGGAGGAGCUCAAAGCACUUAUGCAACGAAGGAUAUCUGCGUGGGGACAAGAAGAUGACGGCUGUACCACGACACAGACUCAACCCCAACGACUCUCACGAAAACGCAAACAUACUUCCCCCCCAGGAAAUGAAACUACCAGUACACAAUGGUCGCGACAAAAAGUCGCCCGGGGUCAUAGCCAACAACUGAAAAUCAGCCCGACUGACAGCAGUACUAGUUCUCAAGCCGCCAUUCUGUAUCCUUUCUCGAAUCCAAGAAUGUACACCCAGUAUUCUCCGGGGUCACCGCUAGCCAUUCAUCGAUAUUCGGGCCAUACCAUGGCAGAUGACAAAGUUCCGCCUCAGCGCCCUUUUCAGAACGAAGGGAUAAGUGCCUUUGAUGACGAAGAUACGCUCCUAGUGUCACAAGCGUUUGAUGCCGCAUAUGAGGCGAUUAUGCAACCAGAACGGGACGCUUCGCUCGACCUACCGAUGUUAUCUUCACCCAAAAGAAAUGAGACUGUAGGCAACGAUCAACAAAAUACUGAUCAAGGGUUACAGACGGCCUGGGAGUGGGGCUUGGAGGACGCCAUUUUGGACCCCUCCCAUGUUGAACCGGAUAUGCUUCUCACGUACAAGGAGGACCAGAAUAGAGCAUUUAGUACCACCUGGACUGGAAAUCUCAGGCAACAAUCUCCUUAUGUCAGUGGACUAUGCCCCAAUCGGACAGCUCUUCGUCCCAUACAAGAGAACUUCACUUGGAGAGCUUCUGGGAUCAAUGGUUCCGAAAGAGAUAUUCUAGACCUUGGCCCACUGAAGAACUUUUGGCGACAGAAUAAGUUGUACUGA